AUGGGAAAACAAGACAAUCAAAAUAAUCCAAUUCCUUCGGCUCCACCUAGUGAAGCACCACCAUAUCCUCAGGUCCAGCGUGAAAAUCAAUUGCCUUUGCAAACGGGUGCCAAUGAACGUGAGACUAAUCCAGACCCUCCACCUUACCAGGAGACUUUCAAUUAUCCACAAGUUCCGCCAUACCCCGUGUAUGCACCGACUACAACAAUGCCAACUUCAGUACAACCGCCUAUGCCGACUCAGCCACCUCCACAUUAUGUUUAUCCGCCAGCUCCGGCUCCUCAAAUUAUUUAUAAUGUCAAUCCACAACCUCCACCGCAACCUACCACAAAUACUCAUACAUCAACUAAUGUUACUGUUGUUACUGCGACUGGGCCUUUGCGAGUUGAUCCAUGUCCAGCUUGUAUGGGCUCUUUUGUCAACUAUACUGAUUGUUGUUAUCUGACCAUCCUCAUCAUUAUUGCAAUUUGCACACUUCCAUUUGGACUUCUUUUGGUGCCUUUCUUUUUCUGUGCUUGUCGCAAACGCUGUAAUGGUUGUGGACGUCCUAAAUAAUAAUUUGAUUGGUGGAAGGGGUAAUUUUUUGAUUAUGAAAGAAGGAAGGGAUUAUUGGAAAUAUGUAUUUAAAAGAUUUUUGUUUAAUUUUUUUUGACAUUUUUUUAAUCUUAAAAAGAGAGAAUUUAAAAUUCUCUCAAAUUGCUUUAUUUACUUUUGAAUGCCAAUUAAUUAUUUUUAUAGUAUUUAAAAUAUAUCAAUUUUUUAUUUUUUGUAGU